CGCGAGCUGCGCCGCGGGCAGGUGAGGCGGCGGUUGCUAGGUGUUGCGGGGCGGCGACGGCGACGGCCGGGCCGGGAAUUUGAAGGUUCAGAAGCAGUACCAUCUCAGGGAAGCAGUAGCCUGUUGUGGGUCUCCUGAAGCAAUAACUUAAACCAAUAAUAAGCAGAUGAUACCAGGUUAAUGGUGUUUGGUUCAUGUCACAGUGCCAUCACUGUGGCAACACCGCUCAACAGCAUCAACAAGCCAGGGACUUCUACACUCCCAAGUCACUAGGAAACAUGCCCAGCAUCUCAGCUGCCAAAGUGACUGCAGUCUCAACAUAAAUAUCUGUAGAUCUCUUAGCCAUGUCUGUUAGUGCAACAGAGAAUGAUCCUCCUAGAUUCUUCGUUGGUGGAGAAGAUGGAGAAGAACUGUUGGAUUCAGCCAGAUCUACGGAUUGUGAACAUUUCUAUGACCAUGGGGAAGAAGAGGAGGAAGAAUAUGACUCGCCACCAGAAAGACAGAUUGCAGUUGGAAUUUGUUCAAUGGCCAAGAAAUCAAAGUCUAAACCAAUGAAAGAAAUUCUUGAACGUCUCUCCAUGUUUAAGUACAUUACUGUUGUAAUAUUUGAGGAAGAUGUUAUUUUGAAUGAGCCAGUAGAAAACUGGCCAUUAUGUGACUGUCUCAUUUCUUUCCAUUCUAAAGGAUUUCCACUGGACAAAGCAGUUGCCUAUGCAAAACUCAGGAAUCCAUUCAUAAUCAAUGACUUGAAUAUGCAGUAUCGCAUACAAGACAGGAGAGAAGUGUAUGGUAUUCUUAAAGCUGAAGGCAUUUUACUUCCUCGUUACGCAGUUCUGAACCGUGAUCCAAACAAUCCACAAGAAUGCAACUUGAUUGAAGGAGAAGAUCAUGUGGAAGUGAAUGGGGAAAUUUUCCAAAAGCCUUUUGUAGAAAAGCCAGUUAGUGCUGAGGACCACAAUGUUUACAUUUAUUACCCAGCAUCUGCUGGGGGUGGAAGCCAGAGACUUUUUCGAAAGAUUGGCAGCAGAAGCAGUGUUUAUUCCCCUGAAAGCAGCGUGAGAAAAACAGGCUCCUAUAUUUAUGAGGAAUUUAUGCCUACGGAUGGCACAGAUGUGAAGGUGUACACAGUAGGUCCUGACUAUGCUCAUGCUGAAGCCCGGAAGUCCCCAGCUCUUGAUGGUAAGGUAGAGCGGGAUAGCGAAGGAAAAGAAGUGAGGUAUCCAGUCAUCCUGAAUGCAAGAGAGAAGUUAAUUGCUUGGAAAGUAUGCCUUGCCUUUAAGCAAACAGUUUGUGGCUUUGAUUUGCUGCGUGCUAAUGGACAGUCAUAUGUCUGUGAUGUGAACGGCUUCAGUUUUGUGAAAAACUCCAUGAAAUACUAUGAUGAUUGUGCUAAGAUACUGGGAAAUAUCAUAAUGAGAGAACUUGCUCCCCAGUUUCAGAUACCAUGGUCAAUUCCAUUGGAAGCUGAAGACAUCCCUAUCGUGCCAACCACCUCUGGGACAAUGAUGGAGCUUAGAUGUGUUAUAGCUGUAAUACGUCAUGGAGACCGAACACCAAAACAAAAAAUGAAAAUGGAAGUAAAACAUCAAAAAUUUUUUGAUCUCUUUGAAAAAUGUGAUGGAUAUAAAUCUGGAAAACUAAAACUGAAAAAACCAAAACAGCUGCAGGAAGUGCUUGAUAUAGCAAGGCAACUCCUUGUGGAACUUGGGCAGAACAAUGAUUCUGAAAUUGAGGAAAGUAAAGCAAAACUUGAACAGUUAAAGACUGUGUUAGAAAUGUAUGGGCAUUUUUCAGGCAUAAACCGCAAAGUUCAAUUAACGUAUCUUCCUCAUGGCUGCCCAAAGACUUCCAGUGAAGAGGAAGAUAACAGAAGAAAUGAACCAUCCCUCCUACUGGUUCUAAAAUGGGGAGGAGAACUGACCCCUGCAGGCAGGGUUCAAGCAGAGGAGCUUGGAAGGGCAUUCAGGUGUAUGUAUCCAGGUGGACAAGGAGAUUAUGCUGGAUUUCCUGGCUGUGGUUUACUUAGAUUACAUAGCACUUACCGACACGAUCUCAAAAUCUAUGCUUCUGAUGAGGGAAGAGUUCAGAUGACUGCAGCAGCUUUUGCAAAGGGACUACUGGCCUUAGAGGGCGAGCUGACUCCUAUUCUUGUCCAGAUGGUAAAAAGUGCUAAUAUGAAUGGUCUAUUGGACAGUGACAGUGAUUCUUUAAGCAGCUGUCAGCAUCGUGUUAAAGCAAGGCUCCAUGAAAUUCUCCAGAGAGACAGAGAAUUUACUGCUGAUGACUACGAUAAGCUUACACCAUCUGGAAGCAUCUCAUUGAUAAAAUCAAUGCAGGUUAUUAAAAAUCCUGUUAAGACAUGUGACAAAGUCUACUCCUUGAUCCAGAGCUUGACUUCUCAGAUUAGGCAAAAAAUGGAAGAACCAAAGUCUGCAGAUAUUCAGCUGUACCACAGUGAAACACUAGAACUGAUGCUGCGCAGGUGGGCCAAGCUGGAAAAAGACUUUAAAACAAAGAAUGGAAGAUACGAUAUUAGCAAAAUUCCUGAUAUUUACGACUGUAUAAAAUACGAUGUGCAGCACAAUGGCUCCUUAAAAUUAGAAAACACAAUGGAAUUAUACAGACUUUCAAAAGCUUUAGCUGACAUUGUGAUUCCUCAGGAAUAUGGUAUUUCUAAGGCUGAGAAACUAGAGAUUGCCAAAGGUUAUUGCACUCCUCUAGUUAGAAAAAUCCGUUCUGACCUUCAGAGAACUCAAGAUGAUGAUACUGUAAAUAAGCUUCACCCUCUUUACUCCAGGGGUGUUAUGUCCCCUGAACGCCAUGUACGUACACGACUGUAUUUCACCAGCGAAAGUCAUGUUCAUUCCCUGCUAUCCACCCUUCGUUAUGGUGCCUUAUGUGAUGAGACAAAAGAUGAACAGUGGAAACGAGCUAUGGAUUACUUAAAUGUUGUCAAUGAACUCAAUUACAUGACACAGAUUGUUAUCAUGCUCUAUGAGGAUCCAAAUAAGGAACUUUCUUCGGAAGAACGUUUUCAUGUAGAGCUGCACUUUAGUCCAGGAGCCAAAGGCUGUGAGGAAGAUAAAAAUUUGCCAUCUGGAUAUGGAUACAGACCUGCCUCCCGAGAGAAUGAAGGCUCGAAGAAAACCUCACAUAGAAAUGAUAGUGAUGAGGAGGCACAUACUUCUAAAAGGGAUGAAACAGAUCGGUCAGUAGUGAUGUUCAAGCCAAUGGUAUCAGACCCAAUUCAUAUACACAGAAAGUCACCCCUUCCGAGAUCCAGGAUGAUUGGUUCUGUUGAAGAAGAGAGCCCCCUGAGUGUGUCUAGCCCAGAGUGUAUUGGUACCUGGCUGCAUUACACCAGUGGUGUGGGUACUGGGCGUCGAAGACGCAGAUCAGGGGAACAAAUCACUUCUUCCCCUGUCUCCCCCAAAUCAUUGGCUUUCACAUCCAGUAUUUUUGGCUCAUGGCAACAGGUCCUAUCAGAAAGCAAUAGUAACUUACGAACACCAAGAACUAUUCUGGAACAAAAGCAGAGCAGUCUAGGGUCUCACUGUGCGGGCCUGUUUAGCACCUCAGUGCUCGGGGGUUCUUCAAGUGCACCUAACCUACAGGAUUAUGCUCGUACGCAUCGUAAAAAGCUGACUUCUUCUGGCUUCGUAGAUGACACCACACGCGGUUCUGCUGUUAAAAGGUUUUCUAUCUCAUUUGCUCGACACCCAACCAAUGAACACCCACACCUCUUUAGGUGCUGGUCCAUUUCCUCUGUGGAAUUUCUAGGCUCCAGUGGUUUUGAACUAUAUUCCAUGGUGCCUUCUAUUUGCCCUUUGGAAACUCUUCACAACUCCCUGUCUUUGAAGCAAGUGGAUGAAUUUCUUGCCUCUGUUGCUGCUCCAUCAAAGGAAAACCUACAGGAGACAUCUUCUCCAACUUACAUGAGUCCAUUGUCAGGAAGAAAAAUUUCAUUGAAUACAUACACCCCUGCAAAAAUCCAGCCAACACCACUUGAAACUUUGCCAGAAAAGCCAGCAAUAGAGAAACCAGCUUCAUCUUCCAGUGAAUCUUCUGUGUGUGUACCUGAUGUUAAGCUAUCUGUUGAAGAAGCCUCACUAGGUGAAGAACUUAGUAGUGACACUCUUUCUGAGAAUAAGUGCAUUUGAUCAGAAAAAACUGGAAAGAACUUCUUAAAUGAUUUCUUAGUGUUCAUUCAAAUAAAUAAUUGAUCACGCAAAAGCCAUUCAUGCCUGCAAUUUAUAGUGCAUUUAAGAACCUUCUGUUUAAACAAGAUUGAUUAAUGUGCAUUGUACAUACGUUUGUCAAAUGUCUUUUCUCAUUUUCUACAUAUUUCAGGAAAUGCAUUUAUUUAUCAGUUUGAACUGCACACCUCUAAAGAAAAAGCUGCACAUGAACCUUUUCGUUGUCUUCAGAUAUUGACUGUAAACUUAUUCAAAAGUAGUACGUGUUACAGAGGCUCUGCUGAUGUCACUGUAAUGAAGUAUUGUCCGUUGUCGUUAUGAACUUCUAUUUUCAGGAGUUUAUAAUUUGCCCGCAAGUUUCUUUUGUGGGCUGAAAUGUAACACACAUCUUGGCUGAAAGCUUUUUUCUUUUUUCUUUUUUCUUUCUUUCUUUUUUUUUUUUAAGUUAACUACGUAUCCAAAGAAAUCUCUUUUGGCUGUUUUUAAAAGAUAAGCAGGUGAUUUCUGCAUUUGAACAAUUUUAUAUCGUAUAUGCUGCAAUAAGUAGGCAUGAUGGAGUGAGUCAAUGUACUUCUACUUUUGAGUCUCCUUAUUUUUAAUUUCUGUUUACAUCAGACCUGUAACAUUCAAAGUACCUUCUCUUUUGUUGUGUAGUAUACAUGCUUGUAUACGGGUACCUGUAUAUCAUGCAGCAGAUAAAACUGUCUUUUAUAUGUUUUUAUCAAAAGAAAUCUUUUGUUUACCAAAAGGACAGCUUUAUUUGCUUUGCCAUAUGUUUCUACAAAAAGAUGAUGUUAAAAAGCAGGGUUUAUAAAAAAGAGAAAAGGUUACAGCUGGUCUUCUAGUCAGUUUACCCUAAAAAUUGUAAAUAUUCUGUCUAUACUGUAUUCCCAUCCCUUCAAAGUAAAGAGAGAGUGUGAUCUGCCAGGACUCAGUUGCUGAUGUUGCAAAAUACUCAGGCUUGAGCAUGGCAUGGGGAUUUCCAUAACCCUGUCCUUCCAAUCUAGGGGAUAGACAGCAGCUCUUAUUAAAGGACAUUAAUUAUUUUGUAAGAUCUGUGAGAAGCAUUACCAUAUCAGUGGAACCUCGAGUUACUGGAUUAUAUACAGUAAUCAUCCAGUCUCAGCAGUUCUGUCAUUUUCUGUGGCAUGACAAACCAUUGAUGAUUACACUUAUUCCAAAUGUGUGAAAACAGUGUCCACUUGUUUCAGUUCAAGUGGAAGACAUUUAUUACUGACUUAAUAAGCUAUAAGUUAAAGUUUCGUGUUUAAGUUGCAUAGCUUCUGAGUAAUACUUUUCAGUAGGGCUCUUUUUCAUCUCCAGAGCCAGUGCAACUGUAAUUUUUAUUCACCUUGCCACAGGGUCUGUGUCUUUACUACGUGUGAAAUAGCUUCAGCACUCUGAUUAUAAAAACUGCUGGUUAAAUACCAAAAAUAUGAAGGGUUUCACAGCUAUAUACUUAAUACAUUUCAUUUUUGUAGUUAACUGUUAUUGACAGUGUUUGUCUCGCACACAACUGAAUGUACACAUUGUUUACUAUUUAAAAAAUACUGUUAGAAGUAUGCAUACCAUUCCAGUCAACCAAAGCUGUGGCAUAACUUUUUUUAUGUGCUCCUAAAUAAAAACAAGGCCAUUGGCAA